AUGGGGCCCGGUGUUGGAGAGUGUCAUUGCCAGAUAUUGAACAACGGCAUUUCAUGGAACUCAGGAAUUGACCAAUGCAUGAAAUACCCACCAACACCUGGUUCAAUUGCCCUUCCCACCCACAUGUAUGGCCCAUGUGUUAGAAUUUUGAUCAUGAGCAGCAUUGCGUUCCAUCCAAAUGAUGACGACUACAUAGGCACCGAGAGCUGCAUCGACCUUCAAAACCAAAGCGACAUGGUUGUUGGUGAGCAUGACACAUGCAAACCCCACAUGCAAGCCAAGUCGAAAAGCAACAUCAAAACCAAGGAGAAGAAAGUGUUUCCUCCCCCCAUACCCUUACUAGCUCGAACACAAAACUUGGCUUCACACAUGCCAUGGGUGUUGAAAAGAUACUACACAAAUGAGGGAAGGUUGAUUCUCAAGGAAGAAAAGGUGAAGCAUCAUGAGUAUUUUCGGGCACACAGAGCCAAUGGUAGACUCACAUUGCAACUUGUUCCCCUCGAUGACUAUGAUGAGUGCUUUAGAACUAGUGAGGGAGAACAAGCACCCCCACCCACAAGUACUAUUCCAAAUGAAAAGAUUCAUAAUGAUAGUGUUAAUGUUACUCAUGAUAAUAGUAUCAUUGAUACUAAUGGGUUUAAGGAUGAAGGAAAUGUGGCUGAUGAAAUUUUUGUGGAAAAUGACAAUGGGGUUGUAGUAGCUGGUUGUAAUGGUAGACCAAAGUGUUUGAAUUGCAAUAGUGUGAGAUCAACUCCAUCUUGUAUUUUUGGGAUGCCAGUGCAUCCAAUUAGAACCGUUCAUGGUUGA